AUGUUCCGUGCCGCCUUACAAAACGUGGAUUUGUGUUGGGUCAUUUUAUUCUACUUAGCUUUUACACUUGGCUGUAGAUCAGCAAAUGCAGACAGCUGUCAUGAGGUGAAGACAGCAUACAUGAUGCGUCAGAUUGGCCAGGUGGAUCUCGUGCCAGACAGUCCCCAAACAGAUGACUCUCUUCGAGUGUGUGUCCACUCUGGGCCAGGGUGCUGCACCAGUAAGAUGGAGGACAGUUACAUGGCUGCGGUUCGUAGCGAGACGCAGCAGAAGAUGCGAUCCUUCAGCUUUGAGCUCAAGUACCUUAUUGCUGGACACAGCAAAGCCUACCAAGACACCUUUGAUUCACUCGUGUCCUUCACAUCUAAUUUGACCAGCUCCUUGUUUGAUAGUGCCUACGCCAGCCUUGCAACAGACUGUCGGCCACAUGUUCUUCAGCUUUUCAAUGACCUUAAUCGUCAUCUUUCGGGGAACCCUAAUUCCUCAUUGGAAUACGCAGUUGGGAAUUUCUUCAACGAACUCUUCCCACUGGUCUACCGUCGACUUCUUAACCCUGGUUUUGGCCAAACGUCAUCCUGGUCUUUUUCCUCCUCAGCCAGUUAUGAAGCAUGCUUGCAGAUGACACGGCAGGAUAUAAAUCCAUUUGGACCACAUCCCCAACUCCUGGUUUCCAGUCUUUCUCGUGCACUUGGAGUAGGACGAACAUUGAGUCAAUUGCUAAGAUUGGCCGGGGAUGUUGUAGAUGCAACGGAAAAGGCAACAUUAUCCAGAGAGUGUGGACGUGGCUUAGUAAGGAUGCAGUAUUGCUCCCAUUGUAGGGGUCUAACAUUAAUCAGGCCCUGUACCGGACUCUGUGUUAAUGUUAUGAGAGGAUGCCUGGUGGGGAUAUCAGAGCUUGCUGCACCCUGGAGAAGUUUAGUCGUAUUGCUCCAACGUUUAGCUGCUAUGUUAGCAACCAGCAGCAACCACAACAGCAUGGAGCUCGCACUGUUGGCGGUCCGAAAUCAUGUGAAUGAUGCCAUCCUGCACGCCCAGCUGCACGGUCCACGCAUCACUGCUAUUGUAGAGAAGGUGUGUGGUUUACAGUUAGUUGGUUCUGCGAUGAUAAGUGGACAUCCUAGUAGCUCACAUGUUACAACACCUACUGCCCGGAUGACACAAAGAACCUCAAAGAGGGUGUCCAUGACUUCCCUCUCAACGGACUCUGGUGCUUUUCCAAGUCUUCAGCUACAGUCACAGAGGUCAUUUCCCCUCAAAGGAUCCAGAGGUGACAAGAGCCGUAGUCUUAAAAAAUUAUCAAGGGAGUUUGAGGGCUCCAUUCAACGAUACCAGUUGUUUUUCUCAGAGUUACCCGAGAUGCUUUGUGAAAGUGAGAUGGAGGUUGAGCAGCACACCUGCUGGAGUGGUCAAGACGUUGUAGAGAGUUAUGGAAGUCGUGUGGUUGGCAGCACUUUAAAAGCCCAAAGGGACAACCCGGAAAUUACCGUCCGGAACACAGAUCCUGUCCUAAGAGCAGCAAAACAAAGAUUGGAACAGUUAACAAAGGAACUUUUAGUGGAACUUGGCUGGGUGAGCGAAGCCACAAGAAAGAGUGUGGAAGAGGAGGGAGGAAGUGCAGAAACAAACAUGGGAAGUGGGGACGAAUGUGAUGACGAAGACGGCUGUGAAGCAUCUGGUGAGGUGAACGAUGAUUUAUCCAGUGGUCACAGUCCAGUGACGGAGGAUAGGGCUCCCCCUCCUCGCAACCGUCUUCCUCCUCACCUCAACUCUUCUCCACUGGAGCCUGUCACAGGUUCAGCCAGCAUGUCGACUCUUGAACUGCUACAUUUGAGCCUGGCGAUGUUCCUUUUGCUGCUGCUGGCAUCCCCGUUGAGUUUUGAGUGA